AACACAUUAAAGUAUUUCUGUGAAAAUCCGUUAUCCAGGAGGAAACCGAGCGAAACAGCGCAAGCUGGUAUUUCCCUUUCCGUGGGAGGGGCUAAACCCGCGCAUGCGCAGAAUAGGCUGAGCAUAAUUUCGGCUGUAAUGGAUGAAGUGAAUUCUCUCUGAAUUCAGGGCCGUGGAGGGGUUUAUAUCCACGAACAUCGCCCAGUUUCUAGGUCUGGUUGCUUUCCAGAGCCGCUCAAGUGAACUGGAAUCAAUUUCAACACAUAAAUAUGUGAUCAUUUCCGAUGAAUGUGAAACUACAGAGAGUUUACACUGAACAUUAAAGCGAAUAUUUGAACAAGAAGCAAGCGGGUCAAGUUUUAUUUUCAGUUAUGUGGGACAAUAUCCCUACACAGCGAGUUUUACCGCUUCAAAGUUCAGAAACCGUGUGCGAGGAGAGCCCAACGCCUGUUUAGGCUUUGAUAUCGAACAAGGAUAAACAAUCUAAAACAAGGACAGCCUGUAUUUUUCUGCUUUCUUUUUGUCUUUUCGAGGGACGCUAGCUUAGCUAAAGCUAGCCGAGAGGCGCAAUGCGCUGCUCGAGGCACCCUGGAAACCACCAGUGAUGCCAUCGUGAAGGACAACAUCGUUACAAAAUAAAUCGUUUUUGGCUUUAAACUCUUGGAUAUAUUUCGACGCGAUUCGGAGAAGACACGGGAGCGGGGAUGACUCGUGGAUAACCUCUGCGCGUCAAACAGCUCGCCCAUCUUUGUUUUGCUUCACUCAGAGUCUCCCGUCUGGAAAGAUUUCACACUUUUACCCAACACUGAGCGGUUUGUGCUGUUCAUGUGCUGUCUUGACCACUUAGGUCCGCAUCUCCGGAGGACAGAGGUAUGCCUGGAUCAGACCGCCUGCAUGGGACCAAAAGGAAGGCUGAAUCGCUCUACCAUCAACAGCAGCAGGCGGGCGGCGGGGAAGGCCAGUCUGUGCACACGGGCUCCGGUAGGCAUCCCACCAAGACGGCGAGCUCGUCCACUUCUUUCAAGCACAAACGAAACAAGUCCAAACACGAGACCGAAAGCGGCUCCGCGUGCGCUGCCACCGCGCCUCCAGCAGUGGGCGCCAUCAAGCCUCUGGUGGAGUACGACGACAUCAGCUCGGACUCGGACACGUUCCUGGACUCCCCCGCCACCGGGAAACCGGCGGAGAGCAGGGACGCUGAACGCGUAGAGCGGCCGGACUACGGUGAAGCGCGGGCGGGGACUGCGAAAGAGAACAAGACUCAUAAACACAAGCGCUCCCGGAAGAAACCCAAAGACCCGCAUCGGGUCAGGGAGUCCGCGGAGGGGGCAGAUAGUGGCGUUAAGAAGGGCAGUAAAGACCGGGACAGAGCGAGCAAAGACAGCCACAAGAAGGCGAAGGAGACGUCUAAUUCAGCUGAGUGCCUUGCAUCCACAUCCAGUCGCUCAGGUGAGUCAGGGAGCAAAAGGCCCGGCGACUCUCUCUCAACGGGCGCGGUGCAGUCCGCUGUCAGCAGCGCCUCCUCCGCCUCCUCCUCCAUCAGUAAGGAAAGUGGCCGCGCGUCAAAAUCUCGCAAAGACAAGCGGAGGAGCGAGGAAUAUGAGGAGGACCGCAGCCAUCGGAAGGCCGUCAAGAGCCACAAGUCGAGCCCUAAAGGGAAGGGUCCGCCCAGGAGAAGCGGAGCGGAAAGUCCUUCCGCUGCGGAGCUCGAGAACAGCUACUCGUCCAAGCGCAGUCCGUACAGGGAGCCUCCCAGGCGGAGCAGACAGCGGUCCGAGAGCCCUUAUCGGAGGAGGAGGUCCUCAAGCCCCGAGAAGGAUGGAAGUCCGUAUACGAGCAGAAAACACUCACCUGGCAGUCCUUACGGUAACCGACGCUCAUCCAGCACCAGUCCAGUGUCCAGGCCUUCUCUGCGUUCCCGGAGCCGGUCUCCUCACUACUCCUCCUCUCGCCGCUCCUCUUCCCAUUCUCGCACUAAGAAACACUCUUUGUAUUCCGCAGGAGCCAGUGGAGGCUCCUCCCACAGCAGUCGACCAGGCAGCCGCUCCCCUUCGUCUUCACGCUUGCCGAUCACCUCAAGCCUGGGGGCCGAACUGACACGAAGAAAGAAGGAACGUCAGGCGGCUGCUGCCAAAAACUCCCCCUCCCUCCGCCCAAACACGUCCAACGUCGCAAAUGCGCCAGUGAAAAUCACUGAGACACCGCCCCUAGACACAGCCCCGCCCCCUGAGCCUCAAAGACCACCCUCGCCACCUCCAAACACUGAUCCUGCGGAGGAGCCUUCUGCAGUUCCUCCACCACCUCUCCCGUUAUCCAGUCCACCUCCACUGCCUCUCCCAUCUCCUCCGCCUCUCCCCGCGAACUCUCCUCCUCCUCCUCUUCCUCUCUCAUCCCCUCCACCUCUACCUCUAAACAGCCCUCCGCCUGCUCCUCCACCAUCAGCACCUGCUACACCUGUUUCCUCUCGCACGAAAAGCCCCAAACAAAGAUCUACACAAAGUCCCGCACACACGAUUAAGACUUCCACACUUCCACCUCUUCCCCUGCCGCCGCUUCUUCUGGGAGACUGCAGAGACAGCCCAAAAAAGAGCAGUCUUUCCCAGAAGUCAUCACGAAAGGACAGGGAGAGGGAGAAAGAAAAGGAAAAAGAAAUCCGGACACGCCUUCUCAGUGAGUUGCCCCUUCCUCCAGUACUUCCUGGAGGAGACCCCUCCCCUCCGCAGUCCCCUGCUCGUGAAUCCCCUCUGCUUCUGCAACCAACCUUCAAGAAGAGACCAAAGAUUUGCUCUCCCAGAUAUGGAGAGAGGAAGCAGACUCAAACUGACUGGGGCAAGCGCUGUGUGGACAAGUUUGACAUCAUCGGCAUCAUUGGAGAAGGAACCUACGGUCAGGUGUACAAGGCAAAGGACAAAGACACAGGAGAGCUGGUGGCAUUGAAGAAGGUGAGAUUGGAUAACGAAAAGGAGGGUUUCCCCAUCACUGCUAUCAGAGAGAUCAAGAUCCUGAGACAACUCAACCAUCGCAGUGUUGUCAACAUGAAAGAAAUCCUCACUGAUAAACAAGACGCACUUGACUUUAAAAAGGAUAAAGGUGCAUUUUACCUGGUGUUUGAGUACAUGGACCAUGACCUGAUGGGACUGCUUGAAUCAGGACUGGUGUCUUUCUCCCAUGAGCAUGUGCAGAGCUUCAUGCGUCAGCUGAUGGAGGGAUUAGAUUAUUGCCACAAGAAGAACUUUCUGCACCGAGACAUCAAGUGCUCCAAUAUCCUGCUAAAUAACAGUGGUCAGAUCAAACUUGCCGAUUUUGGUUUGGCUCGUCUUUAUAACUCUGAGGAAAGUCGGCCGUACACUAAUAAGGUGAUCACGCUGUGGUACCGCCCUCCUGAGCUGCUACUGGGAGAGGAGAGAUACUCACCUGCUAUUGAUGUCUGGAGUUGCGGGUGUAUAUUGGGAGAACUCUUUACUAGGAAACCAAUUUUCCAGGCUAACCAAGAGCUUCUACAGCUUGAGCUGAUCAGUCGUUUGUGUGGUAGUCCGUGUCCUGCUGCUUGGCCAGAUGUAAUUAAGCUGCCGUACUUUAAUACCAUGAGACCCAAGAAACAGUACAGACGACGCUUAAGAGAGGAAUUCGCUUUUCUGCCCACCUCUGCUCUUGACCUGCUGGACCACAUGUUGACGCUGGACCCCUCCAGACGCUGCACGGCUGAACAGGCCCUCACCAGCCAGUUUCUGUGUGACGUGGAACCCAACAAGAUGCCACCACCUGAUUUGCCUCAUUGGCAGGACUGUCAUGAGCUCUGGAGCAAGAAGCGGCGGCGGCAGAGGCAAAGCGGAGUGGCUGAGGAUUUCCCUGUAGCCAAAGUUCCCCGAAAGGAACCCGCAGGACCUUCAGGAGGAGAGAACAGCCGCCCGCCGCCGAGUCCACCACCUCCACCACCCUCAUCUGCUCAUCCCGCACCGGCAAACAUCACAGCCAGUGAGCUGGAAGGUUUGGGAGCCGCAGCGGAGCAGUUGAACCAGAGCGAGCUGGCGGUGCUGCUGAACCUGCUGCAGGGUCAAACAGACAAUCUAAGAAUCCCGCAGAUGGCCGAGUUUCUCCGCAGCUCGUCCUCUGAAGCCUCCACAUCAGUGCUGUCCAGAACACCCGCCGCCCCCUCCACCCCUGAACCGGACGCCGCGCAGCAGCUCGAACUGCUUAGUCAGCUCUCCACCUUAAUCCAGUCCUCUAGCGUCCCGCAGCCGGCAGAGAUCUCGCAGGAAGACCAGGCCGGUCUGCUCACGCUCCUGUUGGAGCAGCUGAUAAAAGCCCCAGCGCCGGGGGCGGAGCGGGCAGACGAGAGCAACGGAGUCCGGCCAGACGAGGGCGCUGCGAGAGGCAGCUCCGCUUCCAUCAUGGGCGGCGAUCGCGAGGAUUCUGCAUUAGUAAAUCCAGAGGCGACAGGGUCAAAGUCUACAAAACAUACUCAAGACAUUACAUCUGAUGUAGCGACAACCCUACUCCAGCUCAUCUCCCAGCAAGCCUCUGAGAGCAGACGUCCCGCUGCAGACCUGUGCCCCGGCCGGGGACCCUCCUCUCCCCCGAGCACCACCCCACCGCCCGCAAACGCUGCUUCGGAAACUCAGUUCACCCAGGACCGAGACCUGAGGUACACCCUGGGAGAAGCCGCUGGCCCUUCCUGAACCGUUCUCUGAACCUGAUCUUUUUGUUCGUUGUAAUUUUUUUUUACUUAAUGUGCUUUAGCCGUUAAACUUACGUUUACUACAUAUGAAUAUAUUUCUUUCUUCCGUUAACGGAAAAAGUGAAUGUUAAAGGACCUGUUCUUGAAUGCGAAUGGAUGAUGUUCAUCCCUCCCAGCGUUAUUUGGAGAGCGUCUUUUCCCACGUUUCCGACUGCAACGAUCUGUGAGUUUUAGCCAUGUGUGAUUUCUUUGAGGGCUGUGUAAAUGUCUAAAUCAAGCUACUUUCUUUAGUGCUGUUAUUUGUAAAGCAAGAUACUUGAUCUGGCUUGUGCUACUUCAUCCUUUCUGGUUCCGUGCAAAGGCAUGAGGAGAACUUGAAGUCGUUUUUGCAGUACUUGAGUAAGGCCUUUGUUUUCGCAGAUUCAUAUAUGCUUGUGCAAAAGAUGUGUCUUUGAUUUUUGGUAGGAUGUAUGUCCUCAUCCAAAUGUUGUUUUCAGGACUACAACGUUUAGCAGAGUUCAUUUAAAUCGAAAGCUUCUUCAGAAAGACACUGAACUGACUUGAAUUUUAGCACCAGUUUUGAUUUGACUCUGCCAAGUGUACAUGUUGUAAACUGAUAAUAAAUGAAACGUGGCUGAGUAAAA